GUAUGGUACUCUACCGUACACAUGGACUCAUGGAGGUCCUGAGUUUCGUGGGCUUGCACCGUUGCACGUGCUGAGCCCGGUCGAAUGCCCGCACGACCACACGACCUUCUCUUCGUAUAUACAGCGCGCCUCCUAACUACCAGGACCUACGCCCUAUGUACUAUGAUACUAGUACAUACACACAAUUCAUCCGCCAAUCCGCGAGCCAACUCUCCGACCGGCACGACACUGGCUGCUUCCCAAACCCCCCCAACCCCCGCUCCAUGGUUGUGCGGAGUGUGCGUGGAGUGUGCGUGUGCGUGUGUGAUCCGAUUGAUUACCUACCUAUAUACCUUACCUCUCCCCUCACCGCAGACCACUCUAUCGGGCCGUCGUCCGUCUCCGAAAACCCAGGAAACCGCAGGAUUCGCCCGGUGAGUAGUCGGGCGGAUGUCUGGGGCGAGGGGAGGGCGAAGGGGGGGCGAGGGGAGGGCGAAGGGAGGGCGAUGUUCCUUGCGUCGAGGUACACGUCGGUGUUUUAUACUUGGUUGGCUAUGUAUGAAGUAUGUAUAUAUGGGAUGGGUCGACUUGCGGCGAGUGCUUUUUGGAUGGAUGGAUGGAUGGAUGGAUGGGGCCGGCCGGGCGGAUUAGUGGUGGUGCAUGGAUUGGUGAUGGUGGUGGUGAUGGUGGUGGUGGUGGUGGUGGACGAAUUGGUGGUGGUGGUGGACGGACACAUGCAGGAACCUGGAAAACUUGUGUUGUGAACCGGUCCGCCAGUGGACGCGUAAAGUACUUGGGGUAUGCACUGGGGGCUGAAAUUUUCCGGGUGGGCGCGGCGGG